AUGAAGAUCAAGUCAGUUAGAGCAGCACUCAUCAGUAACUAUGAAGUUUUGAAACUAUUAGAAGAAAGUCAAGAAGCACAAAAACAAUCACAAAUAGCAGAUCCUUUGUUACAAUACCCAGAACAGUUACGUACAGUUCAAUUUGAGUUGACUGAAUACUUGAAACAAACACCUGUUGGAACACAAACAUCAGAACAAGUACAACAAUUCUUACAGGCCAUGUCUACAUUUGACUUAACCAAAGCAGAGAAAUUACAAAUUCUUAAUUUGAGACCCAAAAGUACAGUGGAAAUCUAUUUGAUGAUUGAAGAAUGUGAAGAACGAUUCACAGAAGAAGAUUUAGAGCAAAUGUUGUUACAGAUCAUCACUACUUUACCUCGAGAAGAUGACUAUGCUGAAGAAGAAGAAGAAGAAGAAGAAGAAAUGGAAGAAUAA